AUGGGAAAGAUCACCUUCUACGAGGACCGGGGCUUCCAGGGCCGCCACUACGAGUGCAGCAGCGACCACGCCAACCUGCAGCCCUACUUCAGCCGCUGCAACUCCAUCCGCGUGGACAGCGGCUGCUGGAUGAUCUACGAGCGCCCCAACUUCCAGGGCCACCAGUACUUCCUGCGGCGCGGGGACUACUCCGACUACCAGCAGUGGAUGGGCUUCAACGACUCCAUCCGCUCCUGUCGCCUCAUCCCCCAACACUCCGGCACUUACAGAAUGAGGAUCUACGAGAGAGAUGACUUCAGAGGACAAAUGUCAGAGAUCACGGACGAUUGUCUCUCUGUUCAGGACCGCUUCCACCUCAAUGAAAUCCACUCCCUCAAUGUGCUGGAGGGCUCCUGGGUCCUUUAUGAGAUGCCCAGCUACCGGGGAAGGCAGUAUCUGCUGAGGCCCGGGGAGUACAGGAGAUAUCUUGACUGGGGGGCAAUGAAUGCCAAAGUUGGCUCUUUAAGACGAGCGAUGGAUUUUUACUGAAGUAUUUACACUCUCCACUUUCCUCCUUUAGCAUUUAAUUAAAGAUUUAGCUUGUGUUUCUGGCA